AUGAAAGCUUUUUUUAGCGCUUCUGAUAAUGUUAAAGAAAGCGUAACUGAAUUUAAGACAAGUGUCAUGAAUGUUGCGCACUCCAAAGCUCCGCAACAAGGUGACAAGCACUACGCAUUGAAAAAGCAAGGAUAUAAAAUGCUGCUUGAUCACAGUGCUCAGGCCAUUGAAAAAGUAGAAGAGUCCUACGAUCAAACAUUUACUAAGGUGAAGAGUCGUUUUCAACGAAUCAAAAGUUGGAUUGCUGAGAAGGCUUCUCAAGUAUAUAAUGCUGUUAAAAACACAUUUAAAAGUGCAUGGCGUACUUUCAAGGGAUGGUUCUCAUAA